AGAGAGCCCGCCUCUUAAGUUGACAGCACCCUUCCUGGAGCACGGUUUAACUACAGACACUGCAGAGCUGCAAUCAUUCGCACUAUGAUGAACUUCAUCUUGACAACAGCUUUAAUUAUCUGCAGCAUCAGCUGGAUCUCUGUCUCAGUUUCUGAGUCUCAGACUGUGAAGGUCCAGCCUGGUCAAGAAGUCACACUGUCGACUACCAACAUUUCCAAACAUUCAGGCAUGACAACCUGGUUCAGAGUGGUCAACAGAACCAAGGCCAGCUGUAUCUCCACUAUGGCCGCCUCUGACAGCAAUCCAUUAUACUGUGAUGGAUUUAAAAAUGGAAAAUUUGAAAUGAGCUCCAACACCUCCACUGUCUUUCUCAAAAUUAAGACAGUGAAUCUUUCUGACUCUGGGCUGUAUUUGUUUGGAUUUUACAUAGAGGGACAGACAAUUUUAAGUGUGAUACAUUUAAAUGUUGAAGGCAGUGAUGAAUCUCAUGAUGACAUUGACAAAAAGUCUACAAGCAGUGAUGAAUCUCAUGAUGACGCUGACAGAAAGUCUACAACAGAGUGUGAUAAAAUAACAAAGCUGGUGAGUGUGAUCCUGGGCGGCCUGACUGUUUUCCUCAUAAUGGUCAUCAUCUGUCUGGUUGUUAAAAACAGGAACGUUCAGAAAGCUGCCAGUGAAGAACAGAAUCCACAACAGAAUGCGAACCUGGGCUCUGAUGACCUGAACUACGCAGCAGUGAAUUUCAGUGCAAAAGCAAGAAGAAGAGAAGUGGAGCCCAAUGUUGUGUAUUCUGCUACUAGAUAGACUGAGGAAACAAGAAAUGCUGUUCAGGAUGUAACUGAUGCUUUGUCAUGUUAAUCUGCAGUUGUGCUUUUGUGUGGGUGACGGACUAAAAAAAAUGUUCAACCUUUAAUCUUGUGCUAAGUUUUAAUGCUUAUCUCAAUUUUAAAGACGUAAUCAGAGUACAUCCAUACAGACAGUAUUCUGAAAGUUAAGUAUAAGUUAAUAUACUGUGUGUCUUUACUGGUAUAGGGAAGAAAAAUAGAUUUAAAAAAUAGAUAAAAAACCAUCAAUCCAGUUUAACACCCUGGUUGUGUUUUUUUUUUUUUUACUGUACUGCAUGCGUGGUGAAAAAACUGUUCUGUCUGUAUCAGCCUAAAGAGAAGUCUCAACCACAGGAAGACCGGCCUUCAGCUUUUUCUCCAGUGUGUUUCUUUCACAAUGUUUCCACAAAAGACACGCAAAUAGUGCAGACAAUAACAAAGCUCUUAGGUCUCAUUUAGCUGGAACAUAUUUAAUAAUAAUAAUAAUUAUUAUAAUAAUAAUAC